AUGGCCACCAUGGAGAAACUGAUGAAGGCCUUCGAGUCCCUCCGCUCCUUUCAGCAGCAGCAGGGGCCGGCUGCCAUCCCCGAGGAGCCGCUCCAGAGAGCAAAGAAAGAACUUUCAGCUACCAAGAAAGAUCGAGUGAAUCACUGCCUGACAAUAUGUGAAAACAUAGUUGCUCAGUCUCUAAGGAAUUCUCCGGAAUUUCAGAAACUGCUGGGUAUUGCUAUGGAACUCUUUCUUCUUUGCAGUGAUGAUGCAGAGUCUGAUGUCAGGAUGGUUGCUGACGAAUGUCUCAAUAAAGUUAUAAAAGCUUUGAUGGAUUCCAACCUUCCUAGGUUACAGUUAGAACUCUAUAAAGAAAUUAAAAAGAAUGGUGCUUCUCGAAGCCUACGUGCUGCAGUUUGGAGGUUUGCUGAGCUUGCCCAUCUGGUUCGACCUCAGAAGUGCAGGCCAUACUUAGUCAACCUAUUGCCCUGUCUAACACGAAUAAGUAAGCGGCCUGAAGAAUCGGUACAAGAGACACUGGCUGCAGCAAUACCAAAAAUCAUGGCAGCAUUUGGCAACUUUGCAAAUGACAAUGAAAUCAAGGUUUUAUUGAAGGCUUUCAUUGCUAAUCUUAAAUCCAGUUCUCCUACCAUCCGUCGAACAGCAGCUGGAUCAGCAGUGAGCAUCUGUCAACACUCACGAAGAACACAAUAUUUUUAUACCUGGUUACUGAAUGUGCUUUUAGGUUUGUUGGUUCCUGUGGAAGAUGAACAUCCUACUCUUUUAAUUCUUGGAGUACUGCUCACACUAAGGUAUCUAAUACCAUUACUGCAGCAGCAAGUAAAGGAUACCAGUCUGAAAGGCAGUUUUGGUGUAACACGAAAAGAAACAGAGAUUUCACCUUCUCCAGAUCAGCUUAUACAGGUCUAUGAAUUGACUUUGCAUUACACUCAGCACCAGGACCACAAUGUUGUGACUGGAGCUUUAGAACUAUUACAGCAACUUUUUAGAACACCACCGCCUGAUCUUCUUCAUGCCCUGACCACUUCAGGAGGCAUUACACAGGUCAGUGUAUCCAAAGACGAGUCUAUCAGCAGAAGCCGCAGUGGAAGCAUAGUGGAGCUUAUAGCUAGAGGGGGGUCUUCAUGCAGCCCUUGUCUGUCAAGAAAACUAAAAGGUAAAGUACUUUUAGGAGAAGAAGAAGGCUUGGAGGAUGACCCUGAAACACGGUCAGAAGUCAGCACUGCAACUUUUGCAGCCUCUAUGAAGAGUGAGAUAACCAGUGAAUUAGCUUCUUCAUCAGGAGUAUCAACAGCUGGAUCAAUAGUAAGUUCUGCAGCUGAUCCCACAGGACAUGACAUCAUCACUGAGCAGCCACGUUCACAACAUACUUUGCAAUCAGACUCUGUAGACCUGACCAGUUGUGAUUUGGCCAGCACAACUACUGAAGGGGAAGAGGAUGACAUGCUUAGUCGGAGCUCCAGCCAGAUCAGCACUGUCCAGUCAGACCCCACUAUGGACUUGAAUGAUGGCACGCAGGCUUCUUCACCAGUUAGUGAUAGCUCUCAGACUACCACAGAAGGUCCAGAUUCAGCUGUGACCCCUUCGGACAGUUCUGAAAUUGUUCUAGAGGGUACUGAAAGCCAGUAUUCUGGAAUGCAGAUUGGACAGCUGCAAGAUGAGGAAGAUGAAACUGCAAAUGUUCUCCAUGAUGAAUCCUCAGAUCCUUUCAGAAAUUCUUCCCUUGCCCUUCAGCAACCACACUUAUUGAAAACCAUGGGCCAUAGCAGGCAGCCUUCUGACAGCAGUGUAGAUAGAUUCAUGGCAAAAGAAGAAGCAGUAGAAUCUGUUGAUCAUGAGAUUAAGCCUUCCAGAAUAAAGGGAGAUAUAGGUCACUACACAGAUGGAAAUUCUGCUCCUCUGGUUCACUGUGUUCGUCUCCUAUCUGCUUCUUUUCUGCUUACUGGGGAGAAAGGAGCUUUAGUUCCUGAUAGGGAUGUGAGGGUCAGUGUAAAAGCAUUGGCAGUAAGUUGUGUUGGAGCAGCUGUUGCCCUUCAUCCUGAAUCUUUCUUCAGCAAACUGUAUAAGACACCUCUUGAAACCAUGGGAGAAGAGUAUGAAGAGCAGUAUGUAUCGGAUGUUUUGAACUAUAUUGAUCAUGGAGAUCCCCAGAUUAGAGGAGCUACUGCCAUUCUUUGUGGAACCAUUGUCUACUCCAUUCUCAAUAAAUCACGUUUUGAUGUGGAAAACUGGCUAGCAAAUGUCAGAAGUUCAACAGGAAAUCUCUUUUCUCUGGUAGACUGUAUACCUCUCUUACAGAAAACUCUGAAAGAUGAAUCCUCCGUUACAUGCAAACUGGCUUGCGCAGCUGUGAGGCAUUGCAUCAUGAGCUUGUGCAGUAGCAGUUAUAGUGAACUAGGUUUACAGUUAAUCAUCGACCUUCUUACUCUGAAGAAUAGUUCUUAUUGGCUAGUAAGGACAGAGCUUCUGGAAACUCUUGCUGAGAUAGAUUUCCGGUUAGUCAGCUUUUUGGAAGGAAAAGCAGACAAUUUGCACAGAGGUGUUCAUCAUUAUACUGGGCUAUUAAAACUUCAGGACAGAGUACUCAACAAUGUUGUUAUCUACCUUCUUGGUGAUGAAGACCCCAGAGUGAGACACAUAGCUGCAGCUUCUUUGAUGAGGCUUGUUCCAAAGCUGUUUUAUAAUUGUGACCAAGGACAGGCUGAUCCAGUAGUGGCAGUGGCAAGAGACCAAAGCAGUGUCUACUUGAAACUCCUAAUGCAUGAGACUCAGCCUCCAUCUCACUUUGCAGUGAGCACUAUCACCAGAACAUACAGGGGUUACAACAUGGUGCAAAGUCCAACAGAUGUCACUAUGGAAAACAACCUUUCUAGGGUUAUCUCAGCCGUUUCCCAGGCAUUGACAACAUCAACUACAAGAGCACUUACAUUUGGCUGCUGUGAAGCUUUGUGUCUUCUCUCCACAACGUUUCCAGUCUGCACAUGGACUGUAGGAUGGCACUGUGGUGCUUCCCAGCUGAGUCCUUCGGAGGAAUCUCAGAAGAGCUGUACCAUUGGAAUGGCUGGAAUGGUUUUGUCCCUUCUUUCAACGGCCUGGUUCCCACUGGAUCUUUCUGCACAUCAAGAUGCUUUGAUUUUGGCUGGAAACUUGCUUGCAGCAAGUGCCCCCAAAUCUUUGAAAACCCCCUGGACUACUGAAGAAGAUAUGAAUCCAGGGGCUGCUAAACAAGAGGAGCCAUGGCCAGCUUUGGCUGACCGAACGCUUGUUACUUUGGUAGAACAACUCUUUUCUCAUUUGCUGAAAACCAUUAAUAUUUGUGCUCAUGUGGUGGAUGAUGUGGCUCCUGGCCCAGCAAUAAAGGCAACAUUACCUUCUCUCUCAAACCCACCUUCUCUAAGUCCAAUUCGUCGGAAAGGGAAAGAGAAAGAACCUGUGGAACAAACAUCUGUACCAAUGAGCCCUAAAAAGGGUAGUGAAACUAAUCCAGCUACUAGGCAAACCGAUACUUCAGGGCCUGCUCCAACAAGCAAAUCAUCGUCACUGGGCAGUUUUUAUCAUCUUCCAUCGUAUCUCAAGUUAUAUGAUGUCUUGAAAGCUACCCAUGCUAACUAUAAGGUUACAUUGGAUCUUCAGAACAACAUCGAAAAAUUUGGAGGUUUCCUGCGAUCUGCCCUGGAUGUCCUCUCUCAAAUUUUGGAACUUGCAACUCUUCAAGACAUUGGAAAGUGCGUUGAAGAGAUUUUGGGGUAUCUGAAAUCCUGUUUCAACAGAGAACCAAUGAUGGCAACAGUUUGUGUACAGCAGUUGCUGAAGACUUUAUUUGGAACGAACUUGGCAUCUCAAUAUGAUGGCUUAUCUUCAAACCCCAGCAAAUCUCAAGGCAAAGCCCAGCGUUUAGGCUCUUCUAAUUUGAGGCCUGGUCUUUAUCAUUACUGCUUCAUGGCCCCUUAUACACACUUUACACAGGCACUUGCUGAUGCGAGUCUAAGGAACAUGGUACAGGCAGAGCAGGAACAUGAUGCUUCAGGAUGGUUUGAUGUGCUGCAGAAAGUUUCUACGCAACUGAAAACUAGCCUUACAAAUGUAACAAAACAUCGUGCCGACAAGAAUGCUAUUCACAAUCACAUUCGCUUGUUUGAACCCCUUGUUAUAAAAGCUUUAAAGCAAUAUACUACAACAACGUCGGUACAACUACAGAGGCAGGUUUUAGAUCUACUAGCACAGCUGGUUCAGCUACGGGUUAACUACUGUCUUCUAGAUUCGGAUCAGGUGUUUAUUGGAUUUGUGCUAAAGCAGUUUGAAUACAUUGAAGUGGGACAGUUCAGGGAAUCAGAGGCAAUUAUCCCUAAUAUCUUUUUCUUCUUGGUAUUAUUGUCUUAUGAGCGAUAUCACUCCAAACAGAUAAUUGGAAUUCCUAAGAUUAUUCAGCUGUGUGAUGGUAUCAUGGCCAGUGGAAGGAAAGCUGUUACACAUGCUAUUCCAGCUCUGCAACCCAUUGUCCAUGAUCUCUUUGUAUUACGAGGAACAAAUAAAGCUGAUGCUGGAAAAGAACUGGAAACACAAAAAGAGGUGGUGGUGUCAAUGCUACUAAGACUUAUCCAGUAUCAUCAGGUGCUGGAGAUGUUCAUCCUAGUACUGCAACAGUGCCACAAAGAGAAUGAAGACAAAUGGAAAAGAUUGUCCCGACAGAUAGCAGAUAUAAUUCUCCCAAUGUUAGCAAAACAACAGAUGCAUAUAGAUUCCCAUGAAGCUCUGGGAGUAUUGAACACUUUAUUUGAAAUUUUGGCUCCCUCAUCCCUCCGUCCUGUGGACAUGCUUUUAAGAAGUAUGUUUGUUACUCCCUGUACAAUGGCAUCAGUGAGCACUGUUCAGUUAUGGAUAUCUGGUAUCCUAGCUAUCCUUAGAGUUCUGAUUUCACAAUCAACAGAGGAUAUAGUUCUAUCUCGUAUUCAAGAGCUUUCUUUCUCCCCUUACUUAUUGUCAUGUCAAACAAUUAAUAGGCUAAGGGAUGGGGAGAAUAAUGUACCCACACCUGAAGAACAAAUUGAGCUGAAACAGGCUAAAUAUCUGCCUGAAGAGACAUUUUCGAGGUUCUUGUUACAAUUAGUGGGCAUUCUAUUGGAAGACAUUGCUACAAAACAAUUGAAAGUGGACAUGAAUGAACAGCAGCACACUUUCUAUUGCCAAGAGUUGGGCACAUUGCUUAUGUGUUUAAUACAUAUCUUCAAAUCAGGGAUGUUCAGAAGAAUCACAGCUGCUGCCAGCAGGCUUUUUACAGGAGAUGGAUCUGAUGGUAGUUUUUAUACCCUUGAGAGUCUGAGUGGUCUUGUUCAGUUCAUGAUUCCCACACACCCUUCUUUAGUGCUCCUCUGGUGUCAAAUCCUACUUCUUGUCAAUUACACUAACUACAGCUGGUGGUCAGAGGUGCAUCAAACACCAAAGAGGCACAGUCUUUCCAGUACUAAAUUGCUGAGCCCUCAGAUAUCUGGAGACAGUGAUGAAUUUGAUUCGGAAUCCAAAUUUGGCAUGUGCAAUCGAGAGAUAGUACGAAGAGGAGCACUCAUUCUUUUUUGUGACUAUGUUUGUCAAAACCUACAUGAUUCAGAACACUUGACAUGGCUUAUAGUGAAUCAUGUUCAAGAUCUGAUUAAUCUGUCUCAUGAGCCUCCUGUACAAGACUUUAUUAGUGCUGUUCAUAGGAAUUCAGCAGCCAGUGGUCUCUUCAUCCAGGCUAUUCAGUCUCGGUGUGAGAACCUCGCAACUCCAACAACACUAAAGAAGACCCUGCAAUGCUUAGAGGGCAUUCAUCUCAGCCAGUCUGGUGCCGUGUUAAUAUUGUAUGUGGACAAGCUUUUGUGUACUCCAUUCCGUGUGCUGGCUCGCAUGGUUGACACACUUGCUUGUCGUCGAGUAGAAAUGCUUUUGGCUGCAACUUUCCAGAACAGCGUUUCUCAGUUACCAGUUGAAGAACUGGAUAGAAUUCAGGAAUAUCUUCAAAACAGUGGAUUAGCACCAAGACACCAAAGACUUUACUCGCUAUUGGACAGGUUUCGCCUUACAGUAGCACCAGAAACAACUAGCCCUUCACCUUUGGUUACUUCACACCCACUGGAUGGGGAAAACCAACCAGCCUUAGAGAAUGUAAUUCCAGACAAAGACUGGUAUGUAUCACUAGUCAGAUCACAGUGCUGGGUCAGGUCAGACUCGGCACUGCUGGAAGGUGCAGAGCUGGUGAAUAGGAUACCUCAGCCUGAACUAAACUCCUUCAUGACCAGUAAGGAGUUCAACUUAAGCUUGUUAGCUCCCUGUUUAAGUCUUGGCAUGAACGGAAUCUCAGAAGACCAAAAGAGCAGCCUCUUUGAAACUGCCCGUAGGGUAACCCUAGACCAUGUGUGUAACAUAGUUCAAAAACUUCCUGCCAGCCAUCAAGUUUUUCAGCCAUUGCAGCCAGUUGAGACUUCAGCCUAUUGGAGCAAGCUAAGCGAUAUUUUUGGAGACACAAUGCUGUACCAUACUGUGAUGAAACUCUCUCGUGCACUGGCUCAGUAUUUGUUGUUACUCUCUAAAUUACCAGCAUCUCUCUGUAUUCCACCUGACAAAGAGACUGACAUCCUGAAGUUUGUAGUAAUGUCAUUAGAGGCACUGUCAUGGCAUUUAAUACAUGAACAUAUUCCACUAAGUAUAGAUCUUCAAGCUACUUUGGAAUGCUGCUGCCUGACAUUACAGCAACCUGGUCUCUGGAAUUUGCUGGCUUCUGCAGUGUAUGUGACACAGGCUUGCUCCCUAAUUAAUUGUGUCAGAUUUAUAAUAGAAGCAGUUGCAAUUGAACCUGGAAACCAGCUUCUUAGUCCAGAAAGGAAGAAGAAUACUUCAAAAGGGGUCAAUGAGGAUGAAGUUGAUUCAAAUGCUCAAAAAGCGAAAUAUAUUACAACAGCUUGUGAAAUGGUGGCUGAAAUGGUGGAGUGUUUACAGACUGUCUUGGCAUUGGGACAUAAGAGAAACAACAGUAUCCCAGCAUUUCUCACUCCUGUCCUUAAGAACAUAAUCAUCAGCUUGGGUAGACUGCCUCUAGUAAACAGCUACACAAGAGUACCUCCCUUGGUCUGGAAGCUAGGCUGGUCACCAAAACCUGCAGGGGAUUUUGGCACAGCUUUUCCAGAAAUUCCUGUAGAAUUUCUUCAAGAAAAAGAAAUCUUUAAAGAGUUCAUCUAUCGCAUUAAUACAUUGGGGUGGACUAGCCGUACCCAGUUUGAAGAGACCUGGGCUACUCUCCUUGGUGUGCUUGUAACUCAACCAAUUGUAAUGGACCAAGAAGAAAGUCAACAAGAGGAAGACACAGAGAGGACCCAAAUUAAUGUUCUUGCAGUACAAGCCAUAACCUCCUUGGUGCUGAGUGCAAUGACAAUACCAGUUGCAGGCAAUCCAGCAAUUAGCUGCUUGGAACAGCAGCCCCGCAAUAAAGCUUUAAAAGUUCUGGAUACAAGGUUUGGGAGGAAGUUAAGUGUUAUCAGAGGAAUUGUGGAACAAGAAAUCCAAGCAAUGAUAUCUAAGAGGGAUAAUAUUGCCACUCACCAUUUUUAUCAAGCAUGGGACCCUGUUCCAUCACUUUCUCCUGCUACCACAGGUGGUCUUAUCAGCCAUGAAAAGCUUUUACUGCAGAUCAAUACUGAGCGAGAAAUGGGAAACAUGGGCUAUAAACUAGGACAGGUUUCUAUACACUCCGUGUGGCUAGGAAAUAACAUCACUCCAUUGAGAGAAGAGGAGUGGGAUGAAGAUGAAGAAGAUGAGAAUGAUAUGCCUGCUCCUUCUUCACCACCAACCUCUCCUAUUAACUCCAGGAAACACCGGGCUGGAGUUGAUAUACAUUCUUGUUCUCAGUUCUUGCUUGAACUGUACAGUCAAUGGAUAUUGCCAUCAAAUCCUAGCAAGAGAACACCAGUCAUUCUGAUUAGUGAAGUGGUGCGAUCACUUCUGGCAGUGUCUGACUUGUUUACAGAAAGGAAUCAAUUUGAGAUGAUGUACACCACAUUGACAGAAUUGCGGAAGGUGCAUCCAUCAGAAGAUGAGAUUCUCAUUCAAUAUUUGGUACCAGCCACAUGUAAAGCAGCUGCUGUUCUUGGAAUGGAUAAAGCUGUAGCCGAGCCAGUAAGCCGUCUGUUGGAAUCAACACUACGCAGCACCCAUAUGCCAAGUCGGAUUGGAGCUCUGCAUGGAAUUCUUUACAUCCUUGAGUGUGACCUGCUUGACGAAACAGCAAAGCAACUCAUUCCAAUUAUCAGCGAGUAUUUGCUUUCCAAUCUGAGAGGGAUAGCCCACUGUGUACAUGUCCAUAACCAACAGCAUAUUUUAGUGAUGUGUGCUGCGGCAUUCUACUUGAUAGAGAAUUACCCACUUGAUGUAGGGCCGGAAUUCUCUGCAGGAAUUAUACAGGUCUGUGGCGUAAUGGUGUCUGGAAGUGAUGAAUCAACUCCAUCCAUUAUUUACCAUUGCGUCCUCAGAGGAUUAGAACGACUCCUUCUUUCAGAGCAACUUUCUAGACUGGAUAGUGAAUCUUUAGUUAAACUAAGUGUUGACAGAGUGAACAUACACAGCCCCCACAGAGCAAUGGCAGCCUUGGGGUUAAUGCUGACUUGCAUGUAUACAGGAAAAGAGAAAAUCAGCCCAAGUCGUGCAACAGAUGCAAAUCCCACAGCUCCAGACAGUGAGUCUGUUAUUGUAGCUAUGGAACGGGUGUCUGUUCUUUUUGAUAGGAUCCGGAAAGGAUUUCCUUUUGAAGCUAGAGUAGUGGCACGGAUCCUCCCUCAGUUCCUAGAUGACUUUUUCCCUCCACAGGAUGUAAUGAACAAAGUUAUUGGAGAAUUUUUAUCCAACCAGCAGCCAUACCCACAAUUCAUGGCCACAGUAGUUUAUAAGGUUUUUCAGACACUACAUACCACUGGACAGUCACCAAUGGUCCGUGAUUGGGUGAUGCUCUCUCUCUCCAACUUCACACAGAGAACGCCUGUUGCAAUGGCAAUGUGGAGUCUUUCCUGUUUUUUUGUCAGUGCUUCCACCACUCAGUGGGUUUCAGCAAUUCUUCCACAUAUUAUCAGCAGAAUGGGAAAAUCAGAGCAAGUGGACAUUAACCUCUUCUGUUUGGUGGCCAUAGACUUUUACAGACACCAGAUAGAUGAGGAACUAGAUCGAAGGGCCUUCCAGUCUGUAUUUGAGAUGGUAGCAUCGCCAGGAAGCCCAUAUCAUCGCCUACUAACUUGCUUGCAAAAUGUUCACAAGAUCACAGCAUGCUGA